UUGCUUUUUCAACUUCGCUAAAGUACGUAUAAGUACCAUACAGAAAUUUAUUGUUGAUAGUUUUUCCACGUACUUGCAGUGUACUUAAAUGCAAAUAUAAUUAGCGGAUAUUGAAAGUAGUCAUUAUAGUUACCUUUACAUCAUUAGGUAUAUGAUACAUAAGUAUUCACACAAAUACAUAUAUAUGCAUUACAUAUUCAUCUGUAUAUUUAGAAAGUUGGAACUGGUUGGAACUUGGCGACCGCAGGCGGACCAUCCAGGCGAAGCACAUAUUUAUUGUGCGAGACGGAAGAAAUUCGAAAAUCAGUGACAUCAUGAUUGACCAUAUUUUUAAGCGAAAUGAUGAGGAUCAACAGAAAAAAUGCUCAGUGAUGUUAUGGAUACGAUAAGGUUUCGCGAAUUGUCAAUAUGAUUUCUGUACUGUCUGGCGUUUGGAAUUCUGUUGAAGAUAUGAUAGUUGAUUACAUUGACUUCAAUGUUACACUAUGGCUAUUAAUGCCAUUAUUAAUAACAUUUUUACUUCCACUGGUGAUUGUUCUACUUUUAUAUGUAACUGCCUUGAUUUUAUACGUUUAUAGACUACAUAGGCAUAGGUUAAGAAGUGCCUAUGGUACUGACUGGAGAAAUGCUUCAAGAAGCGUUGUAGCUGCUGUUUGGGACGCACAUGGAUGGAUAUGGCAUGGUUACAAAGUUGUUGGGAUAGAGAAUAUUCCAACGGAUGAACCUGUUUUAUUUGUUUACUACCAUGGAGCAAUACCAAUAGAUCUUUACUAUUUUAUAUCUAAAGUAUUCCUGUUUAAUUCAAAACUUAUCCAUACUGUGGGCGAUAGAUUUCUUUUUAAAUGCCCUGGUUGGUCCAUUAUUUCUGAUGUUCUGAAAGUAAUACCUGGCACUAUCCAAACAUGCUCCUCCAUUCUAAAGGAAGGCAACAUGCUUGCUAUUUCACCAGGUGGUGUAUAUGAAGCUCAAUUUGGAGAUGCAUAUUACCAGUUAAUGUGGAAGAAAAGAUUAGGAUUUGCAAAAGUAGCUUUGGAUGCUAAAGUGUCUAUAGUUCCAAUGUUUACAAAAAAUAUUAGAGAAGCUUUUCGAUCAAUAAGUUGGGGUAGAAAAUUAUGGCUGAGAUUGUAUGCAGCAACCAGAUUUCCUUUUAUUCCAAUUUAUGGAGGAUUCCCAGUUAAACUAAAAACUUAUGUUGGUAAACCCAUAGCGUAUGAUGGAACUCUAACACCUGAACAGCUGCAACAAAAGGUUGCAGCUGCACUCGAUGACUUGAUUAGUGAGCAUCAAAAAAUACCAGGAAGUAUUUUUUGGGCAUUGGUAGAACGAUUUUAUGAUUUAGAUAAGACAGUAGAAUGCAAUUUGAAAGAUACUGAAAAAGUUAAAAACAAAAGAGAAUAAUUAGUAUUAAAAUCGUAUUAUAAUUUUAGAAUCUCACAUGUUUGGGAUUGGAGCAUUUUCGAAGACUUUUUUAAGUUUAGCAAUACAAGGUGUUGAAUAUUUUAUCAACAUUUUACAAACUUGUUUGUACUAAUUAUAAAAAAAAAUAUUGUCAUAUUUUUAACUGUUUGUAGUUUUAUUGUGUAAAGAGAUUUCCAUCACAUUCCACUCAAAGCAUGGAUUGUGUUAAUGGAUGAUUACUUAAUUAGUGGUGCCUGUGCAUUUUUUUUUUAAUUCUUACAAUUUUAUAUUUUUGACAAAGAUAUGUGCAAUUAUUGUAUAUUAUAAAUAUCGGCGAACACGUUCUAUAAUUAUGUGAUUCCAUUGCGAUUAUGAAUUUUUAAUACCAACAAUGUUAAAAGCAGUAUGGUCUUGAAACUGUAGAAAAGUCAAUUUUUAUUCCAAUGGAAUGCAAGCAGUUCUAUAGGAACUCAUGAUUAACAUACCGUUAUGUCUUUAUGCAUUUAAAAAGACGAUUCUCUGCGUUUUCAAGAGCAGAAUUGUUUUUUCAACUAAAAAAAUACUGGUGAUAUUGUUGCGUUUUACUCUUAAGUUAUAUUGUAUGGUGCAAAAGCUUGUACUUAAAUAAUCUAUUUUAGUGUAUUUAUUGCUUUUAUAUGCAACGGAUACGAAAAUAAAGGAAAUGGGGAAAGAAAA